CAGAGCCGCACACCGUCGGCUACAGCCAGUCCAGCCUGAUCCACCUGGUGGGACCGUCGGACUGCACGCUGCUGGGCUUCGUGCACGGAGGUGUCACCAUGAAGCUCAUGGACGAGGUUGCCGGGAUUGUGGCCGCCCGCCACUGCAAGACCAACAUCGUCACCGCCUCGGUGGAUGCCAUCAACUUCCACAAGAAGAUCAAAAAAGGCAGUGUCAUCACCAUUUCGGGGCGCAUGACAUUCACCAGCAAUAAAUCCAUGGAAAUUGAGGUCUUUGUGGAUGCCGACCCCUUUGUGGACGAGCCUCGGGAGCGGUACCGCGCUGUCAGCGCCUUCUUCACCUACGUCUCCCUGAGCAAGGAGGGGAAGCCCCUGCCCGUCCCACAGCUGCUG